CAGGGCCUUUGGUGAUGGACGGGGCCUGUGGUGAGGGGCGAGGCCUUUGCUGAUGGACGGGGCCUGGGCUGAUGGACGGGGCCUGGGGUCCGAGCCGUGCCAGGGCGUCAUGGGGACCGUGCCCCUGCUCGCCGCCUUCUCCCUGCUGCUGGCCCUGCCCGCCGCCUCCUGGGCGCAGGAGGUCCCCGCCGCCGACCCGGGCACCGUCCGGCCCAACCUCCUGGGCGGCCGGCGGGACCUGGCCGUCACCGACCCGGAGGUGCAGAAGCUGGCCCGCGACGUCGUGGCCAAGUACAACCAGGCCAGCAACAGCCUCUACUAUUUCCGGCCGGUCAAAGUGCUCAAGGCCCAGAGCCAGCUGGUGGCCGGCGUCAAAUACUACUUGACGGUGGAGCUGGGAAACACAUCCUGCCGGAAGAACCAAGUCUUGGAGAACCAUACGGAUCUCACCACCUGUCCCUUCGCCCUGGGCUCGGACCAGGAGAAACUGCAGUGUGACUUUGAGGUCCUCGUUGUCCCUUGGAAGCAAGAGAUGCACCUGCUGAAGCAGAACUGCGCUCCGGUCUCUCAGUGAGCCCUCCUCCUCCGCCUCGACGGGAGGUCACGGACGCUGGACCGCCGGGAGGCCGUGGGGGAGGAAGGUCUUUCUGGGAGGACGGGAGAUGUAGGAUGGGAAUCUCCUUGGGGUUAAGGGGACGACGUGGGCAGGCCUUCCCUGGCUCAAUAAACACCCCGCUUU